AAGUAGAUGUGGAGAAGCUAAGCCUGGGAGAAAAGAGAUGGCAUGAGGAAGAAAGAAGCCAUGCUGGAAGAAGGUACAUGGUUCCGGUCCGAGCCGUGGUGAUGGCCCGAGAUGACUCCAGUGGGGGCUGGCUGCCUGUGGGGGGCGGGGGCCUCAGCCAGGUGAGCGUUUGUCGGGUCCGAGGGGCCAGGCCCGAGGGGGGGGCCCGCCAGGGGCACUACGUCAUCCACGGGGAGCGCCUUCGGGACCAGAAAACCACCUUGGAGUGUACCCUGAGGCCAGGCUUGGUUUACAACAAAGUGAACCCCAUCUUCCAUCACUGGAGCCUGGGUGACUGCAAGUUUGGACUGACGUUCCAGAGUCCCGCAGAGGCUGAUGAGUUCCAGAAGAGCCUGCUGGCCGCGCUGGCCACGCUGGGUCGAGGCUCGCUUACCCCCUCUUCCUCCUCCUCUUCCUCCUCCCCUUCCCAGGACACCGCAGAGACUCCCUGCCCUCUGACGUCCCAUGUGGACAGCGAGUCCUCCUCCAGUCACAGCCGCCAGGAGACGCCUCCCACUGCCCCGGCGGCCACUAUCAUUACCGUGGAGUCAGCUUCUGGCUUCGGGCCGGCUUCGUCACCCCAGCACCACCGCUCCUCUGCUCAGAGCUACCCUCCGCUCCUACCAUUCACGGGGAUUCCGGAGCCCUCAGAGCCCCUGGCCGGGGCAGGGGGCCCGGGCUGGGGCGGCCGUGGCUAUGAGGAUUACCGGCGCGCCGGGCCGCCCGCGCCCCUCGCCCUGUCCACCUGCGUCGUGCGCUUCGCCAAGACCGGCGCGUUGAGGGGC